AUGACUCAGUCUUCAGUCCAGUUUGGUGGGUUACCCAGUGAUGAUCCUAAUGCUCAUUUAGUAAAUUUCAUGGAGAUUUGCGAUACUUUUAAAUACAAUGGAGUAACUGAUGAUGUUAUUAGAUUGAGACUAUUUCCAUUCUCUCUGAGGGAUAAAGCAAAAAGCUGGCUUAAUUCAUUGCCUAAUGGGUCUAUCAUUACAUGGGAGGAAUUGGCUCAAAAAUUUCUUGCAAAAUUCUUUUCGCUUGCAAAGACUGCAAAGUUGAGGAACGAUAUCACCUCAUUCACACAAUUUGAUGGUGAGUCCUUGUAUGAAGCUUGGGAGAGGUUUAAAGAAUUUUUGCGAAGAUGUCCACAUCAUGGGAUUCCUGAUUGGUUGCAAGUUGAGACAUUUUACAAUGGGAUGAUUGGGUCAAUUAAAAUCACAAUUGAUGCUACUACUGGUGGGGCAUUGAUGAGUAAGAAUGCAGCAGAUGCUUAUAAUUUGUUGGAAGAGAUGGCUUCAAAUAAUUAUCAAUGGCCUUCAGAAAGGUCGGGUUCGAGAAAAGCUAUUGGAGCCUAUGAAAUUGAUGCAAUGAGCAACUUAGCUGCGCAAGUGGCUGCACUGUCCAAAAAGAUUGACACAUUGGGAGUUCAUGCAAUUCAAAAUUCAAUUUGUGAGGUAUGUGGGGAUGGCCAUUCAAAUGAUCAAUGUCCAUAUAAUUCUAAAUCAAUCCAGUUUGUAGGGAACUUUAACAGACAACAGAACAACCCAUAUUCCAAUACUUAUAAUCCUGGUUGGAGAAACCAUCCCAAUUUUUCAUGGAAUAACAAUGCAGGGCCUUCCAAUCCAAAACCCAACAUGCCUCCGGGAUUUCAGCAACAAGUUAGACCACCAGUCCUUGAAAAUAAGCCCCAAGUGGAAGAACUUCUCUUGCAAUAUAUAUCCAAGAAUGAUGCUAUAAUUCGAAGCUUUGGAGCAUCCUUGAGAAUUCUUGAAACCCAAAUGGGACAGCUUGCAAAUUCCAUCAAUAAUAGACCUCAAGGUUCUUUACCUAGUGACACACAAAUCAAUCCUAAAGGUAAGGAACAAUGCCAAGCAAUCACUUUAAGGAGUGGCAAAGAGAUUGAAGGGGUGAAUGAAAAAGUAGUUGAACUUGAGAAUGAAGAUGUUGAUGGGGAAGGAAUGUGUGAAAAAGAGAGUGAAUUCGAAAAGAAAGAUGAUGUCAAGGCUGAAAAUCAUGGAACUUCUCAAGUCAUCCAUCCUCCACCACCUUUUCCCCAAAGGCUCCAAAAGCAAAAGCUUGAGAAGCAAUUUUAA